AUGGCAGCAGCUUAUGCAACUCUCGUUUCUGCUUUGAAUAUCAUAAACAACCUUCAGCUUCAUCCUACCCCUCCUAUUUCUCUCCACACUAAACAAGUUGAGUCUCUCACUCAAAAAAUCAGUUUCCUGCUGGAAUUUCUCCAAGGCUAUAACCCCCAUCGUGACUACUGCAAAGAAGCCGAUCCAUUGGAGUGUCGCAUUGCAGAUGCAGCUUAUGCGGCCGAACACGCCAUUGAAUCUCAUAUUUUCAAUCAGUUCACAAAUAAUGGAGAAAAUAUGAGUUAUGAUGGCUUGUAUGAAGCUCUGGAGAAGGUGAUAAAAGACAUGGCUUCUAUCGAAGAGGAGGCGAAAAAAAUUCAAGGGAAAGUUGGAGUCCAACAUCAGCUGCACACAAACUCAACGCCUUUGGAUUCGUCGAGAUCUUCUUCGAUCCCGCAGCAGAGUAGCAUGGUGGGUGCUGAUGAUGUCAAGCUUCAAAUGAUGGAUAAGCUCACUUCUGAUCUCCUUCAUCUACAUAUCAUUCCCAUUGUAGGGAUGGGCGGCUCUGGUAAGACCACUCUUGCUAGAUCUAUUUAUGAAGAACCUCUUAUUAAAGAGCAUUUUGAUAUUUGUGCGUGGGCUACCAUCUCUCAAGAAUAUGCCAUUAGAGAAAUUUUUUCAGGACCCCUUCGUCAGUUAAAUAUUGAAUUUGAUGCCAAAUUGAACGAGGAUGAAUUAGGAGAAAAGUUGUAUAAAUAUCUUUAUGGUAGAAGAUACCUAAUGAUAAUGGAUGAUAUGUGGAGCAUUGAUGCAUGGGAUAGAGUUAGAAAUUAUUUUCCAAAUAAUGAAAAUGGUAGCAGAAUAGUGGUAACAACUAGGUUAUCAGAUUUGGCUUCUAAAUUACCCAACUCUGAUAGCCUUGGGAUGAAACUUUUGGAUGAGGCUGAGAGUUGGGAGCUUCUCUGCAAAACUGUGUUUGGGAAAGAAGGUUGCCCUCUUGAAUUGGAGGAGAUCGGAAAAAAGAUUGGGAAAAGCUGCAAAGGACUUCCAUUGUCAAUUGUAGUGGUGGGAGGCCUUUUGGCAAAGUCCAAACAUGAAAGAGAAUGCUGGGAAGGCAUAUGGGAAAACUUGAAUGCAAGUGUUAAUUUAGGGGAUGAUGAACGUUGCUUGAAAAUACUAUACAUGAGUUACAAGCAAUUGCCAAUACAUUUGAAACCAUGCUUUCUCUAUAUGGGAGUUUUUCCCGAAGAUGAGGAGAUAGUUUUCUCGGACCUCAUUAAAUUUUGGGUUGCGGAAGGAUUUGUGAAAGCAGUAAGUGGGAAAAGCUUAGAAGAGAUAGCGAAAGAGUAUUUAAAAGACCUUAUCGGUAGAAAUCUUGUUUUAAGUCAUGAGUUGGAUAGUAUUGGAAACAUAAAAGAGUGCAAAAUUCAUGACUUGUUGAGAGACUUGUGCUUGAGAGAAGCGGAAAAAGAAAGGUUUUUUUAUAAUACCUUAUCAGAUAAUGAGGCCAUAAGCGUCUUGCCGCCUAUGUCACAAGCUCGUUCUUUGACGUGGAAUAAUCGACAAGAACUAUCACCUCUCAAUAUGAGCUUGUUGAGGAUAGUGAAAGCAACUGGAUUCGAACACAUGGAUCAAUUAGUUAACUCACGAAUCCUUCGAUUAGAUAUUGAAGGAAUAGGAGGGGAGGAUUUUCCGUGUUCAAUAUGGCGAUUUUGGAAUCUACAAACACUAGUUGUUCACAUCGGGGACACUACUGCGCCAACUGAUUUUUGGUGCAUGCCUCGCAUCAGGCAUGUUGACUUCGAAAGUCUUCGUCUCCCAGAUCCUUCUAACGACCAAGAUGACAUUGUUUUAGGAAAUCUGCAAACGUUGGGGACAAUAUUAGAUUUCAAGUGUAGCGAGCAAGUCGUCAAAAAAAUUCCCAAUAUAAAAGAAUUGGUUUUUGAAAAUUGGGGAGAGUGUGAUGGUGAGAUUUAUUGUUACAACAAUCUCAAUUGUCUAACUAAACUUGAGUCCUUGUAUUGCAGCAUCCUUCAAAUAAGUGUAAUCAACUUUCCCCAUUCGCUCAAGAGAUUGAAUCUUCGAAGCAUUAAGUGCUUGGACGACACUUUGGAUAAGGCAGGUGUGUUGCCCCAUCUUGAGGAGCUCACACUCUACUGUGGGAAGUUCAAGGAAGGGAAGUGGGAAACAACUGAAGACCAAUUUCGCAGCCUCAAAUUCUUGGCUCUUGACUAUAGUCAUAAUCUAAAAAUCUGGAAAAUUGAAAGCUCCGACUUACCUUGCCUUGAGCGCCUUCAUCUUAUUGGAUUAAACGAGUUGCGGGAAAUCCCUUUAGAGUUUGCAGAAACAGCCACACUUAGGGAAAUUAUUGUGGUCCGUUGCAGCGAUUCGGGCAAAAAGAAUAUCAGAGGAACACGAGGACUAUUACGGGGAAGGAACCCUUCAAGUUCACGUUGA